AUUAAUUAGUUUCUUGGUUCUACAGAUUAUGAGGCAGCUCUUUGCUUUUUCUUUCUUGGCAUUCUUUGUUUUCAUUAGCAUUCAUGUUUCAGCUCUAAACUAUGGUCAACGAGUAGUUGCAGAAGAAAAGAAGAUCAAUAAGCCUGCAGUUUUGUCCAAUAAAGAGAAAAUAAAGAAAGAUCAAUUAAAGAAAACACAUGAAGUAUGGCUAGGACGAUCUGGCAAAAUUGGUGGUGAUGUUGUGAGAAUAAAUUCAAGGUCUACCUUCAAAAACGAACAAGACUACUCUUUCUAUCGCAAACCACAUCAAGAUGGAAAGACUGAGCGUGCAGUGGCGCGUUAUCAUUCAUCAACAAGCAGGAUAGAAGGGGUAGAGGCGCGAAUAAACCUAUGGCAACCGUCAGUCGAUAGAGAGAAGGCGCAUAGUAGCUCUCAAAUUUGGAUUGAAUCAAACGUAAAUGGAAAUCUUAAUGUGAUUGAAGUCGGAUGGCACGUUAGUGUUCCUCUCUUCCAUCAAGAAUUUCAAUACAUUUUCUUUCUAUUGGUAUAA